GCUAUUUUACUUAAUUUUAAUCGUGAAUUAAUUAUACCAUAUUUACAACGUGAUGAUAUGGGUAUGUAUCGUUGUGAAGCAUCAAAUACACGUUCAGUUGUAAAUCAAUCUGUAUCAUUACAAAUACAAAUUGAUCCUGUUUUUGUUGUACCACUUGAUGAUCAAGUACUUGAUGUUGGUACAGCAUAUUCAAUAUUUGAAUCAAGACCAAUUAUAAUAGCACGAGAACGUUGA